CUUCGCUCCGCGAAUGAGAGAGAAACUCAUCGGAAAAAAGACGUUUUCUCUUUGCGAGAUCCGAAAGUGGAGAACGCAUUGCGUUCUCUGGGCACAUAGGAUCAAACGUAAAGCAGCGCUUUCUUGGCAGAGUUUGAGGCAGCAAGAAACUUUAGGGCUUGUUGGAGCUGCUGAGCAUAACGAAUCGAAGCCGAAGGCGGAUCAAGGUAGCUUGCCUGCCAAGCCUAUAGGCGAAGGGCCGAAGGAUGGAGCGUGCAAAGUAAAUCGUGCACCUGUCACUUAUAUAUUAGCCAGUCAUCAAUUGGAAGCGGGUAAAAUGGUGAUGAAUUGCGAUUGGUCCAAACCUUCUAAAAGCGGCUUCUUGCGACCUGCCCAGAAUGCCCAUACAUACCUUCGGUUCCAAGACCUUGUUCGCACAGCGAAUAAAGGUCGGGUUGAAGGGGGCAGUCAGCUGGCUGCUUCUUGGCCACGCCCCCCUGCUUAUAGAUACGAGAUACUUGAUCUAAAUUCUCAAGUAGGAAAUUGCAUACCAUUAGCUAAUAUACGUAUGGGAACAUGGGUACAUGAUAUUGAAUGUCAUCCAGGUCAAGGCGCAAAGCUGGCUCGAGCCGCAGGAACUUAUGCAAAAAUAAUUAAGGAGCCAGCCCCACAAUGU